AUGAACAUCUUUGUUCAUAAGGUGUUUCCAAAUGGACUGGCUGCGCAAGAUGGAACCAUACAACAAGGUGAUGAGUUACUGUCUAUCAAUGGAAACUCACUUAAUGGUGCCACCCAUAGUGAGGCACUUCAUAUCUUACACAGAGCCAGGCCUUCCAAACAGGCUAUUAUAGUUGUGCAGAAGGUCAAUGAAAGUGAAAAGCAUACCAAUCCUCCCCCCAGCUCUUCCACUGAGAGUCCAUCCUUUAGUGUGGAGUCAAAUCAGUUUCCUGCAUUAUCAGAGUCUUGUGACUUGGUCAGUGUGGAACUAAUUAAAGAUUCCAAUGGACUAGGAUUCAGCUUGGAAGGGGGAAAAGAAUCCAGUCAGGGGGAUCUUCCGCUGACAGUCCAGAAGGUCUUUCUAGGAGGACCAGUAGAACUGAUCCAACCUGGCGAUGAAUUAGUUCAGAUUGAAGACAGGAAUAUUCAGGGCCUCAUGCGUCUGGAAGCUUGGAAUCUCAUCAAAAGUCUUCCUACUGGUCCAGUCAAAGUAACCAUAAAGAAGAAGAAUAAAUCUUAGCAUGGCCAUAACUAGAGCAUUUCUGUUAGGAUUAAUCAAAACAAAACAAUUUAAAAUACUUUUAACAACAGAACCCACUGCUCCUCAAAACUGUUUGGAUUAAUGAAUGCCAGAAGACCAUAAGCUGUGGAUGCACACAAGAAACAUUGUAAACCUCUUACAUUUCUGAGCGCUGAAACAUAUUACUUGAGCGUUUUUAUCACAAGCCUAAACCAAAAGUUACAGCUGACUUGAUGUUAGUAUGUAUGAUGUGUGUCUUUUCAUAAAAAUCAUUAGAAUGAUUGUUAUAGAAAGACUGUUAGAUGUUGGUGUACAAGUGAAACUGUUUUCUGCUUGUUGAUAUGUGAAAUCAAAGCAGUUGUUCGUUAACAUUGUUGUUAAGACUGCAAUAAAUUAGUAACAGAGCUAGUUUAUAUUUGCUAACGGCUUUGCUGCAGCAAGAAAUUAAGCUUAGAGCUUGCUUAUUUCUAGUUAGUAAUAUUGGUAUUGAGGGACAUGAAGGUGAAAUGAGCUGGAGGAAUAUAUUUUUGAAGCCCUAAAGUGAAACUGUGGUAGCAGUCUCAUUGAUGAUAUUGAACAGCAAUCUAGUGCAUAAAAGUAUUCAUUGGAAAUGCAGUAUGUAGCAAAACUAUGAAGGCAUUGCAGCACAUUUGAUCUUACCGUAAGUUUUAUAUUACUACUACUACACAUUCAGCCAAAUGAUCUUAAAAGUGGCACUAUUCACAAUUCAUUUUGCCUGAUAUCUUGCUUUAAGAUCCAGAGUACGGUUUAUGAAAUACUUCUGUAUAUGAUAUACCUUCUUGGCACAUAUUUCCUUCACUGUGACUUGCCAGUGAUCUACUAGUAAGAAUAGAAAAAGAAUGGCCAUUUUAAUGGAUUACCCCUGAUCUACUAGUAAGAAUAGAAAAAGAAUGGCCAUUUUAAUGGAUUACCCCUGAUCUACUAGUAAGAAUAGAAAAAGAAUGGCCAUUUUAAUGGAUUACCCCUGAUCUACUGGUAAGAAUAGAAAAAGAAUGGCCAUUUUAAUGGAUUACCCCUGAUCUACUAGUAAGAAUAGAAAAAGAAUGGCCAUUUUAAUGGA